AUGGGGGAUGCCAUCAGCUCUCUCCUCUUUCAGCCUCCGCCUCCUACCUAUCUACAUCCUUCACGCCAUUUUUGGUUGAACAACUCAAAGGGGUUUCGAAUUCCUGCUUUCUUUAUUGAGCGACCCAAUGCGCAAGUGACAAUUCUCUUUUCACAUGGAAAUGCGGAGGAUUUAGGGAUGAUAUACGAUUGGUUCAAUGACUUGGCGAGGGUAUUACGGGUGAAUAUUAUGGCAUACGAUUACACAGGAUAUGGAAAAUCAAAUGGUCAUCCAAAUGAAGAAUGCUGCUACGCUGAUAUUGAGGCUGCCUUUGAGUACUUGAUUGAAGUCCGACGGCUUCAACCUGAACAAAUUGUGUUGUAUGGGAGAUCGCUUGGUUCUGGACCCUCGUGUUAUCUAGCUCAAAAAUCAGCAAAAGAGGGACACAGUGUCGGUGGUUUGAUUUUACAAAGUCCACUGCUUAGUGCAUACCGUGUUGCCUUUGACUUUCGGUUCACCAUGAUCGGAGACAGAUUUGCAAACGUAGACAAAGCACCAAAAAUCCAAUGUCCUAGCUUCAUCAUUCACGGUACACAGGAUGAGGUAGUUCCGUUUUGGCAUGGCGAAGAACUCUUUUUGGCGUUGCCGCAACAAUGGCGGGCAAAACCAUUCUGGGUCGAGGGGGCUGGUCACAACAACAUUGAAGCCUUGUUACGACCAACUGGGGCGUUUGUAGACAAACUCACAGAGUUUCUAGAUUUGCACGUAAGUGCCAGACGGGGGCGGAUUGCACCUCCCACGAGUGUACCAGAGUGCGUGCCACUGGCAUUGCGAGAAAUUCGAAGUGCGGCGGGAGAAGAAACAGCAAGUAGUAUUAUAACAUAA